AUGUGCGACCUGGUAUCCCGUUCGAGCGACGAGGAUUCCGUCUUCUCGGACUUGCUGUGUUCUCGUUUUCGAGGACGAGUUAUGAUCCGAAUACUGCAUAUGACUGUGGUGGACAUUUGUCGGCUAUCUUCACGGUCAUUAGACAUCCCUAUCAGAUAUCGACCCGAUUUUGCUGCACUGGAAGUUCUCAAAAUAGCUGCCAUGGUCAGUGCUGAGGUCUUUGUGGACAGAAUGGUCACAAUGGUCACAAUGGUCAAACCGAAAUAUGGCGCCAAGUUCAUGCGAUCCGGAUCGAUUCGUACACACAUGGCCAGCUUGGUAAAACUGUUUAACGAGGACAUGGAGCAUACAAUUCAAACAAGAAAGAUCGACCCUGUGACAAUUGCUUCCCCAUACUGGCAUUACUUCGUGAGUGUCCAUCCUUUUGUUGAUAGCAAUGGGAGAAUGUGCAGACUCAUUCUGGACACUGUCUUACUCAAGUUUACCGGCAUCUGCACCUCGGUAGGAGUCGAAGCCAAAGAACGGGAGGAUUGGACAAUGUUGUCCUAG